AUGGCGCUUAUGAUGUCAUCUGUACAUGAAGCGGCGGCCGCUCCAGUGGCGGGGGCGUCGGCCGAGGCCGAGGCCGCGCUGCUGGAGCGGCACGCGGCGCAGCUCGCGAGGCUGGAGGAGCUCGCGGAGUCGCUCGACAGGUCCGUCCGCGCGCUUGAGUCCGCGCUCGCCAGAUCCGCGGACCCGGAUCCCCCGCCGCCGGGCGCCGCCUCGGCGGCCGUCGGGGACCGUCGCGCCCCGCAGGGGGUGGCGGUCACCAAGCGCCGGCCCGUCUGGUCCGAGCGGUUCCACUUCGCGGCGGCCGCGCGGCUCGGGGAGGGCGCGUACGCCGCGGCGGCGGCCGCGCUGCCCUACGAGGACGCCGACGGUCUCACCAAGUACUUCGCCGUGGGGGACUCCCGCGGCCGCGUCUUCCUCGAGGCCGCCGCCUCCGGCGAGUCCCGGGUCACCGCGCUCCUCGCCUACCUCUCGCCGCGCCGCACCGACUGCCUCCUCUUCACCGGCCACGCCGACGGCUCCAUCGCCGCGCACCGCCUCAUCGAGUCGUCCCCGCACGGCGACGACUGGCUCACCCUCGCCGCAGCGUCCUCCCGCCUCCUUGUCCGCGGCAUCGACGCCGCCCCCGUCGCCCACCUCGAGGCCCACCACGCCGGCCGCGCGCGCUACGUGCUCUCCUGCGACGCCGGCGGUCGCAUCCGCGUCUUCACAGAGAACGGUACGCUCUACGGCACCGCCAUCUCCUCGUCGACCCCUCUCGCCUUUGUGAAGCAGCGCCUCCUCUUCCUCACCGAGGAUGGAGCUGCCUCCCUCGACCUCCGCUCCAUGUCCGUCCGGGAGACGCCUUGUGAGGGCCUUGCUGAAGCGCUCAAUGGCACCAGCGUCAAGGCCUACUCUUUUGACCCCUCUGAGCGAUUCAAGGCCUAUGGCUUCACUGAAGCUGGCGACCUCGUGCAUGUCUUGCUGCUUGGUGAUGUUUCCAGCCUCAAAUGCCGGGUUCGUGCUGUCAAGAAGGCUGAGAUUGACAGCCCCGUUGCAAUACAGACGGUCAAGGGUUAUCUCUUGGUGGCGAGCCAUGAUAAGAUCCUUGUGUACAACACCUCAUCUCAGUAUUAUGGGAGGGUCGGUGCACCACGGCCGUUGUUUGCCACAACCAUCAAGGACAUCAAAUCUGUGUUUGCGGGUUCUGGUGGUGUGCUGCCCUCCGCACCAGCUGGGAAGCCUGUUAUCGCAGUGGACCGGGAGAAGCUGGUGAUCUUGGGUCUUGGGGAUGGCCACAUUGCCAUCUAUCGGUCCAACUUCCCGGUGUACAAGCCAGAGAGCAAUGCUGUAGUGUGGAGUGGUCCGGCACUGCUUUUCCUCCUGUUCUUGAUUGGCAUCUGGCAAGUAUAUGUGAAAAAGAAGGAUUCCUUGGGGUGGACACCGGAGGAGACGUUUAACACCUCUGUAACAGCUCCAACAGGGAGCCUUCUGAAUCAUCCUACUAGUGACAGAGCCUUUGCAGAUAGCACAGCAAGAACUAGUGAUCGCGGCUAUGUAGAUGGAACAGCAAGAGCCAGUGAUAGAAGCUAUGUGGAUUCCAAUACAAGAACCACGGACCGAGGUUAUGCUGAUGCUACUAGGGCCGUGGAUCUGCGGGGCGGGGCGUUGAGGAGCGCUCCAAGAAGGUACGUGUCCCCUACUAGAUAUGCAGGGACAUCCGGAAUUCAAUACCGGCCUGCUUCGGCUGAACCUGGUCUUAGGGGUACUUCGGAGCUGAAGUACCGAGGCCCAGGUAUGGAGCCCCCUGGUUUCCCCAAGAAAAGGGACACAUUGUUCUCAAACAACCAGGCUGUAGUAGAUGAUCAUGUUGAUUGA